UUCUUGGAGGGAACAAAAGAGGAUGCCGUGAAACAAGUUCUCUUCAGAGAGGAAUCAACAGCACAGGAGUGCAAGACGUUUGGGGGAAAAGAGGGAACCAAAUACGAAGAGAGCAGAAGAACUUCAUUUUCUAGAGAAUCAAGAUGCAGAACUUUACACUCCUCCUGCUGACCUUGUUGGUGGACUUCCUGUUAGCCGCCUCUGUGAACCCGUUAGCAUCUCUGCCUCCUGUCACAAAAACCCGCAUCCGCUACAUUGGUGUAACUGAUGACUACGAUGAUGAAGCAACUCCCAAGCCCAAUUCAAAAGUCCCUGACCAGACUGGGGCCACUACCACUCAUUUUACCCCUCGGGAGUGUGAAUAUGACCCUUGUGUGGUUCCCAAGGUUCCGUGUUCUGUGAUCGCUGCCGAAACUAAGUGCUACUGUCCUGGAAUUACUGGUCCGGAUGAGCUGCCUGCAGCUCCAGAGAUCAAAGAGUUGAAACAAGGAGCAUCUGGACUGGUGGAGGUUCAUUGGUGUGCACCACUAUCAACUGUCUCCUACUACAAAGUAAUCACAGAAGAAGGCCACGAGCCCCAAGUUUUCAACAAUUCAUCCCGUAGUGGGUCAGUGCAGGGAGUAAAGUUUGGGUCACGAGUUUGUGUGGUGGCAGGGAAUAGCGUCGGAUUCAGCACUGAAUCAGAAAUAUCAUGUGCUCUCUUUGAGCCUCAUAAGUCCAAUCAUGUCCUCCAGAUGUCAGGAGCCAUUGCUGGGGGUAUCGGCCUUUUGUUGCUGGCCUUGGCGUUGGCUUUGGUGUUGCUGUGGAGACGGAGGAGGGGUAGGAAGAAUGGGAGCAUGGACGGUGAGGGACUACGAAAUCCAUCCUACACCACAAAUGAAACACUGUGAUUGGAUGGGAUGAAAUUUAAGGUACUCAUUUAGUGGUGUAAGAGGCCAGAUGAUUCUAGUUUGUAGGCUCUGGGGAAGGCUCUGGAGGGUGGGGAAAGCUUGAGGACAAUACAGACAAAUCACUACCAAGAACCGAAACAAGACAGACUUCGUACACUAUGGACAAAACAUUGGGAUUGGACAAGGUCAAAUUUGAAGUCCUACCAAAGGAAAGUUGGACUGCAAGUAAGGACAUUAACCACGUGAGACUCACCAGUCAUCAUAUAAGGAUAUUGCUACAGCAUACAGCAAACUAUGUCCUUGACUUUGAAGACAUUAGCGUCUAUAGUUAUCAGGUGCUAGUUAAUACAAGUAUGGAGAAUACUGAAAAGACUGACAUCUUAGUUUGGGUUCUCAAGAGGAUAGCUUAGACCAGGGGUUUUCAAACUUAUCCACAAAGAGGCCACACCUGAUUCCACUUGCUAAAUGAGUUCAUCUUGGGUUCCAAUCAACUAACAAGUGUGCCUCCUGCUUGGCUGGAAUGAAAGUCUGCAGCCACAUCAGCCCUUUGAGGAUAAGUUUGCGAACCCCUGGCUUAGACCUUGCAUCCUCAUAUGAAGAUAUCACCCCUAACACGCAAAGACACAACAGGGGUGGACAAAUCAGUAGCCUAGCCACCUGGGACAAGCAGAUAUUUUGUCCAAGCUAUUUGAUUUUUAUUCUCUCUUGCUAGCUCAUGCAAUCAUCUCAAGAGAGAAAAUAAAGACACUAGCCAGACUCAAAUAAUACUCUUUAGGUGUGAUGCGAGAACAGAACACCACAGCUUAUAGCCAAAAUGUUGCUAAUUUCUUGUCAAGGUUGCAAUCACAAUGCACUACAUUAGAAACUCAUUAGUUGAGACUAAUUAGUUGGAAAUUAAUCACUUAACUAGCAAACUAGCUCUCCAUGUAUGUUAUUAUAUUGCAUUAGCUACUACUUUUUAUUCUCAUCAGUUUGGUUUCUAGACAACCAAACCUUGGGAGUACACUGGAGUUUUUACUUGCACAGUGGGCUAGCGAAUUAAUUUAUGAUUUGUCCACCCCUGCACAGAUUUCCAUAGUUAUCAUAAUACCUAGUACUAGUUACGACCAUAGGUAUAAGUUAAUGGAAAGAAGGUCUCUGGAGGUUAUGGACAAAUUACACAGUCUGUGGAAGUACUCUUUUUAACCAUUCUAAGAGACUCCAUUCAUUGGGAAUUGAUGCACUGUAAUCUGACCAUGAAACAAGCUAGAGGGCAAUAUGCCUGUGGAGACUCAGUCAGGACAUGAAGGACAAAUCAACAUGGACUAUUAAACAGAAAAAAGAGCAGCAGAAACGAACAGAGAACUGAAAUAACCUAAUGUACCCCUGUGUUAGCGACUGAACACUUAGCAACCCUGCUGAGAGCUAGUCAACAUGUUACAUAAGUUUAAAAAGCAUUUUAAAUUAUAGUCUUUUUUACAGAUUAAUUCCACUAAUGGUGCUGGAACAUCAAGGAAGCCUGGAGCUUCUGUAAGGUUUUAUAGAUAAAGAUUUAGUAAUUCAGAUAUUUGUAGUUGCAUAUAAAUGUUAAUUAUUACUCAUGCUAAUUCUUUUUUUUAAUAAUAAAAUCAUUUCUUCUGGAAAGGUCUAUGAAUUUAUUUAAUGUUGCAUCAAUCAUAUGGGUAGGUGUUGAAAUUGAACACUUCUUUGACUGGGUGGUUGUAUUUGUUAGAAUCAAAUAAGUGAGACUGAACGUAAAGUAAUGCAAACGUCCAAGGAGGGUAGGGUGGAAAUACUUACUCAUGGGGAGGGAUCCCAUAACAUUGCGCAAGUUCUUUCUUUCCUUUUGGGCUUUUUGAAGGUCUCGUAAAGAGAAGUGACAUACAUUUGGUGGAUGAUGAAUUUUGGAUACUGCGCAAAUCCAGAUGACUACUGGAUGACUACAUGACUGUCGGUGCAGUUAAAUUUCACAUCCAAAGCUGCAGGCCUACUGAUAUUAAUUUAAAUGACACAAGCAAGAUAAAGUAUUUCACAGUUCAUAUGUGGGGCUCAGUUUGGAAGGAAACCUUCUUGAUAAAACUAACAUUAGCAAUUCCUCUUUACUGAAGAACUAUGCAUUUCAUAGUGCUAAAAUAAGCUUCUAACCUUUUAUAGAGGACGCAUCACUUUAUAAAUGCAAUGCUGAUGGCCUUUUAGCCUUCUUUACCUAUCACUAUCUACAUUUUCAUCCUUAAUAAUCCGAUAAUAAUCUGAAUGAUUGCUAAAUCUGAAUAAAAACCUAAAUCUGAACAGACAAAAUUAUGAAUCUGAUGAGGUUGGGGCAGAUUUGAUCCUGAGCUUGGGUUACUGUCUACGUGGAGGUCCUGCACAUCGUUAUCCUCGUGUCUGUGUGGGUUUCCUCUGGGCUCCCCGGUUUCCUCCCAGCUCCCAAAAACAUGCCAGUAAGUGGUUUGGUGACUCUACAUUUCACGUGAAUGAGCAUGUGGGUGUAUGUGUGAAGGUGUUCUGUGAUGAAUUGGCAUCCCUUCCAAGGUGUAUUUAAAAAAUAUAUACUGUUUAUGUUCAGAAUGAACCAAAAGGAAAAAUAAACCAUUUCUAAUCCCUGGUAUAAAUGGUUUUCGAUAAUCUCCUUGAAAUUCAAGUGGUUUUAUUUUAGUGUUCAGAGAUUCACAUUUUAAAAUUCACACAACAUGAAAUGACUUAAUAAACUUGAACUUGAGUAAUGAAUGAGAUUUUACUGAGUAAUACUGAAAACUGAAAUUUGCAACUGCCAAUUGAGUUGCAGUGAAAUUACAGUAAAAUGAGUAGCUAUUGUAACUGUACAGCUAGCUGUGCAUUACCAUGCAAUAAAUGCUGUAUUUUGAUUACAAUAAUAUUACUGUAAAAUGCAUACUGUAAAUUUACAGCAACCAGAGGCCAGUAAUUUAAUGUAAAAUUACAAGACAUUUUUAAGAGUGUGUAUAAUUUGUCACAUUUCUUUUAAAACCAGCUAUCACAACAGCCAUAACAAGAAACUCUACCAGAUGUAAUACAAGUUAUGUGUAUAUAUAAACACUCACCAGCCACUGGACAGUUGCAAUAACAUCGCCUGUGUUUUUUUUUUUCCUUUUCAAUCUUCAACUGUCCAGUUUUGGAGAACAUGUGCCCAGAUUCCUGUUCUUGGCUGACAGCAGUGCAAGCUGAUGUUUUCUUCUGCUGCUGUAGCUCAUCUGGCUCAAGGUUCUGCUGUUGUGCAUUCUGGGAUGCUUUUCUGCUCACCACGGUUGUAAAGAGUGGUUAUUUGAGAUCACAGGGACUACAGGGGGUAUUUAAAAUGGCCAUUGUAAAACAGGGGGUAUUGUAAAACCAGAAUUCAUCAGGAUGCACCAUAUUCCUGCACUGUAAUACAAGAGCUUUUCUCUGGUGAACCUGCAACCCCUACUGGCUGAUUAAAGAUAGUGCUGUAUUCCCUACCACCAUACUGUACAGCUGUUCAGCUACAGCAACUGCUUAAACACACACACCUCUCUAUAUAUAUAUACACACACACACAAACUCACCUUCAACAUCAUGUGCUUUGAUUCGAGCACAGUUAAGGGAAAUGGUUUAACAGGAUGGUUUUAAUCGGAUGCAUUUUAAUGCCCUGGAUUUGACCUUGGACCCACAUUUUAAGAGAGAGCGAAAGAUUAAAAACACGAUUGUCUGCCAAGACAAACUGCAGUGACUAACAGAAAAAGAAACUCGUUAUUAUUUAAUAUUAUAUUAUUUCUAGCUUCCACCAUUUUUAUUCUAGUUUUGCAGUACUAAAAAUGUAAUUAUCUGUAUUUCAUGCCAUAUUCUUGUUUUUUUUUUUUUUUGGACCCAUUUAAGCAAAUAAAAAAAGUAAGGAAAACAGCCACAAUUCUUUUUCUUUUCUUUUUUUUUUUUGGUGUCAUUUUUGCCACUGUUUUUUCAUCCAACAACAAACAUAUAAUUUCUUAGCCAUCAUGUUUAACAAGAAAAUGGUUGCAAAAAUAAUAUCUGGAUAACUUCUUCCCAAUAUUCCCAAGUGGUGCCAAAAAGGAAAUCUACCAGUAAAGGAAAUUUAAAAAUCAUUUUGUUAAAAGGCCACUAUACUGUGCAUGCAGAUUAAUAACAAGUUGUAGCUUGUAUUUGGGCAAUUCCUAGUGGACAUUACAUUUGAACUCGAAUUGAUUUGCAGAGUGCCAUAGUGCCUGAAAAAAAAAAAAAUGUAGUAUUCGACGUAAAAGGUCCUGUCUAGCACCCAAAAGGCUUUAUGUAGAGCCUUACAACAAUAUAUUGAGUAAGGAAUAAAACACUUGGGGUGUGCUGUUAUAGGAAAACAAUUAAUAAUGAGGUGGUGUGAUGAAGCAGAGUUACUGUGACCACAAAACGUUGAUUAUUUUCCAGUAACAGCAAGACCCAGAGUCUUUUAUACAUCUCAUACAGCAGCGAUUUACAAAGUACUACAAUUUUUAAUUUAUUGACGAACAACAUGGCUACGUUUGAUAUUGUGGAAUGUAAGAUCCUGUUCUCAUUUAUGUUACCGCAGCUAUAAACAGUCGUUCCCUCACAAUCUCACUUUUUUCUCUCAAAGUUAAAAAUACAAAAAUACCCCAGAUUGUUACGUUACACCAACACUGGAGACUCCUUCCAUGAAUGGUAAAUAAUCGUCUCCUUACAGAAAGCGUCUUGACAAUUGUUUUUCUUUGUUACAUCAUUUUUAAUCUGUUGAAUCAGCUGUUACUAUAGAAACGAUAACAUUCAAACGAGCGCAUUAAUAUUGACCUGUGAUUUGUAUUACAGCUGGAGCUAUUGUCAGUGCCUCUGUUAUAGAAAAUGAAUCCACAUCUUCUGACCAAUCGGAAUCGAGAAUUUGAUGGCGCGUUCUCAAGAAACACUGCAACCUUUAUAGAAAACAUCCUACAGAAGGAGAUUGAAUGAACAUUAAAAAAAUAUCAUCUUAUAAAUAUGGGUUGUUUUGUUAGAUACUGAGAUGAUGUAGUGUUAUGGAGGAGACAUUUUUUGCAUUAUGGAUGCGAAACUGUACUUCAGACGGUAGAGAUGGCACCGUGUGACAAAAUGACUGAAAUAUUAAUGAGGGACAGACUAAGGAUGAAGUAAUGAAAUAAGAUGCCGUUCCAGCUCAGUUAAGUUAAAGAACAGAGCUGUGUUGGGUUCCUCUGGGUUCGAGGGUGAGGCUUCCUUCGCUGCAUGCUAGCACUCUUUCUAUUUAAUGGAUAGAUUAGCAUUUCCAUGCAAAUUCCUUAAGCGUAACUGAAGUGAAAAAUAGAAUAUAAUGAAUCAUUCUCAGGAAAAAUUAUACAGUAUGACUAUUGAUCUCGCAUUAAAUCAAUGAGUGUAAAUUUAUUAAAAACUAUUUUAAAAAGAAAUAAAAAGAAAUCAAAACUUCACCAGUUUUAGCAGAAAUCACUUGUGUUACUAAAAGCUAUGUUCUCAACUCCAUAGUGAGUCAGUCAAGACUUUGAACUUUAAUGUUCAACACGUUGUUGUGUGUCGAGUUUUUCAGACUUUACCCUGUAACAUUACCAAACACCUCAUGCUUCCCAGCCAAUGAGAAACUUUGCCCAAGUACGUUCAGGCCGCUGGGUUUAGAACGAUCUGCAGCCAUACGAGGGUUAAACACUGGCACUCAGGAAAUGUGAAGCCGGCUGAAAACAAGACGCAGGGGUUCAGAGAGGGGAAGUGACCUGAAACAGCAGGGAAGGCGGCUCGGUUACAUGCUGAAACAUUCAAGUUGUAUACUGAAGCGUUCCAGUGGUAGCCGGUAUAUAGUGUAAUAUCCACCACUGCAAGUGUCUACAGUGUGUAAAAACACACAUGCAGGAUUUUCAUUUCCCAGAUGUUCCCAGUAGUUUGAAAAGGA